UAGCUAUUGCUCGUCGAGAGGCGGUGUAUCAUCAAAGGCUAUUUACAAAUAAAUUUUAAUUUUUUGCUGAUAAGAAAAUUUAAUAAAACAAGCUUUUGCAGUAUCUUUGACAUAUUCUCAUAUUUUUUACUUUCUUAAAUUUGUUUUUGGAAUUUGUAAAUUUUUUCAGUGCGGCAAUUCUGUUUUCUAGUCGGUCGUUCCUUGCGAUUUCCAUUUGAUAUAUAAAGGCACACUUCACGUCCGGAAGCUUCGUCUCCUACUACGGGGGUUGGUGUACAAAGUUUUCAGUGCGAUAAAUGGAGAAAACAUCAUUAAUCUAAUCCAGAGUUUUGUUUUGAUUCUCGCGACGGCGAUACCACUUCGCGUUCGACGUCGUACAAUUUUGUGGAAUAAACGUUUGGCUUCGUUUUGCCACCUAAUAUCGGAUAUAAAACUUAGAUACAUAUUGCAAAGAGUUUCGGUAAAGGAAAUCUCGAUAUAAACAGUUUACUUUUCGGCUAACGAAAAAAGCUAUUUAUAUGCUCGUAUGGUAGCUUGUGUGAACAACAUAAUGAGGUAGAUUUGCGUACUGAUGGUUGAAUAACAAAAUUGUGUUUUGGAGGUUUAAUUUGGCUUUGCUUUGUAACAAGGUAACCAUUAACGCACAACGUAUAAGUUUCAGAAAUGUAUCUUGUCAAAGUCGUUUUGGCACUAAAGGAAACAAUAGAGGCUUAUUAAGCAAUUGAUGCAGAAGGAAGGAAUCAGAUCUAAAAGUCUAGAAUGAUGCAAAUUUUAUACUGGAUGGCAUAAUGCUAUUUACCAUAACAAAUUGAGGAUUGGGGUGCUGGAGGUGGACGCUGUUUCCUUUGAUGCGAAUAGCGAGCGUAUAUUAAACGAUAACAGUGACAAUAUUAGGAAAAGCGGCAUCAACAAAAUGGAUAUAACGGAACGUGAACGGGACCGCAAACGUAAACGUUAUUUAACUGAAGAAGAUCACAGCCGUAUAACACGCAACAAAUUGCAACAGCAGCACCAACUACAACAUGAAGAAGAGCUCAAGGAAAAGAUUCAAAUGGAGGCACAAAGCCGUCUAGUAUGCAAGACAGACGAGGGUGAUAAAACAACAGUGUUUUCUAAGAACUUGCAUCUCUCAGAGUUUGUUUCAUCAAAUUACGACAGUAGCAAUAUCGAAGGUAGUAGUCCUUAUAUGAACGAUGGCGAAGCACAUGCAAAAAAGAUACUGCGUUCAUCUAUAACUGGUCUAAAGCAAGAAACUGUCACGAAAGUUAGCAAAAGAAGUUAUGCUUCGGAACGCAAGCGGAUAAAGCAAGAUGAAGACGCUAGUUACAGAGAUCAAAGCAAACGCGCGCUGAUAAAUAAAUAUCGCAAACGUAUGGCCCAAAAAGUGGUAAAUAAAGCGGAUAUUGGAAGUUCUAAUUGUUGUGAGGAUGAUGCUCAUAAUGAACAUGCCGAUGGUUGUGAAAAUUGGCUUUUUAAUUCUGAUAACAGCAGUUCUAGAGAAAAGCUUGAAGGUGAAGAUAUGUUGGGGGACCAAUUAGGUAAACAACGACUUGACACUGACACAUCAAGUGUGCUAGACUAUAAUAAUUUCGGAAUUCUAAAUGAUAAUAAUAGUUUGAAAAUGCGGGAAACAUCAACUAAUUCACUUACACAAUAUACGGCCGGAAUGUUUUAUAAUGGAAAGGAGUGCACAGAUAGUAAUAGAUUUCAGAGUAAUCAGUAUGGCGAUCAUAAUGAAACGCGUACUAAUGAUGCUACUACGAAAAUAGCACCCUGCAAUCCUCGGCACUGGGAAGAAAAUGUGCCGUUCAAUCCAGAUAAGCAAUUGUCAAAACACCAAGAACUACAUCAACCGUAUGCACGACAAAGUACAAUACGAGAUCUUGAAUCUACCGAUAAGCAACAGAAUGGUAACUUACACGAAUUCAGUGAGGCUGACCGUAGACCUGUGGCACACUAUUCGACAUCCAUAGAAAGCACACAAGCAAACGGUCCAGCACAACGUACCCAUAGCUAUAGAUAUGAUUCAAUCAAUACAACCCGUGACGGAAACGAGCGAUCAGCAACGAAAACAAGCCCGAACGUUGACAGUGAUGUAGAUUUAAAGCAAUAUGAAAAUGUUACAGCUGUCAGCUGUUGGCACCACAGUAAUUCGAAUGGAAAUGUAACUAAUGCUGAAAACAGUGCUAAUAAUAUUGAUAAUAACGACAAGGUCUGCAGAAGUGAAAGCCCUGUUAGGGAAAAAAUAAAGAAUUAUAAUAAAGAACAAACAUAUGUAUCCAGUCAAUUGCAUUGUAUAAAGGAUCACAACAGCCAGCAGUCUGUGUAUACACAGGAGCGUUCAGGUGAUAGUAACUCACAGCAGCUGGCAGAGGUUGUGCCAACGUCCACAAAUAUUAAAGGCAUGAGUAAUUGCAAAACAUCUCUUAAUUUGAACGAAACUAUACAUUCAACGCAGUCGUCACGAAGCCACAACAAAAAUAUGGAUGAUGUCUACGAUGAAAUUGAUAGAGUCAGCACUAAAGCUUUGACGAGCAAGGAUUCGAAUUAUGUUGAACAACAUGAUGAGGCGUAUAUCGAAAAAGCAGGAGUUAAUCGAUAUGCCUUAUCAUUAGGCGAAACUAGUAAGACCAAAAGCUCAGCAUUAACAACAGUAUCAACAACUGCUACAAUUGUAAAUGAUAUAAGUGAUAAAACUACUUGUACCAUUAGUACCACUUCUACUACCACUACUACUACUACUACUUCUACUAUUAGUACUACCACGACUACAAAAGGUUGUGUAACAACAAAUGUUACUAUUAAUAAUAUUCCUAAUUCUCGUGUUAUAAAAUCGGAGUCUUCUGAAGUAAUAACAACACCAGUUGCAACUGUAGAUGCAGCUAGUACCGUUGAUAAUUGCGAAAACGGCAAACAUUUGGCACAAGUGCCAUCUACAAACAUAGUCAAUGCCAAUGUGUUAGGCGAAAGUACUUAUAAUUUGAACAAUUCUCAGAAGUUAGGGGAAACUUUAUCUGCAUCAGGUACGACUUACGCACCUCCACACAGCAACACGAGCGACAAUUUAGAUAACCGCAAUGAGCCCUGGGACCCAAGGCCUAACGAACCCUACCAACGAUAUAACAAUAGCAUUCAUUUUUGCCAAUCCACUGUUGAUGGUGGUUCAGAGGCCUGCUUGUCGGCGACAGCUGAGUUGUGUUACAAGAUAUCAGACGAUACCAACGAGAAACCGUUAAAGGACCAACAUCAACAGCAUGCUGUCAGCAAACAAAAUGUCAUCGAUUUUAAUGAUAAAGAGCAUCAGAUGCAUCAUUCAAAAAAACAGCAGGAAUGUGAAUACAUAACGCGGCAGUCCAUCGAUGCUUCAGUUUCACUGAUCCCCACGAAUAUCUACAAUACUGAAUUACAGUUACAACAGCCAAGACAAGGGAGUCAGGACAUUCAACACUUUAUGCAGGAGGAGCUAUGCCAACAAAUGCAGCACCAGCAGCGUCAACAACUACAGGAUCAUCAACAACAAGAAGAGUUAAAUCGUCAUCAUCACCAUCACCACCAACAGCAAUAUCCUCAUGAUCCAUCUCAAGUAGUACAACAAAUUUCCUUGCAUGAUUAUAACUUACAUAGCCACCCACAACAAUUACAUUCGUUGCAUGAUGCAUUGCGUCAUAGCCAUCAGCAGAUUCAACAUUUUGAGCAACAGCAUCAGCUUGAGCAAAGGCAUGAUGAGGAACAGCAGCAGCAUUUAAUUGCGUAUUUACAUCACACUACCGAACAGACCCGACUGCAAGAACAAUUACAACACCUUGAAUAUCAACAACACCAGCAACAAUUUUCACAAGAACAACACCUUCAUAAUCAACAUCAGCAGCAACAACAACAACAAAUGCAGACAAAUUUCAUGUUAAUAACUAAAAAACAGCAGCAUCCACAACCACAUAUAUCAAUGGAUUUGAAACGUAUAAAUCGUCCGCCACGUACUAGUAUUGAUGACCUCAUAAUAGACGAAUUCUCAGAAGAUCCCCAUGCAACCUAUAAACUUGGUCUUUCACCAAAUCAGGUUAAGCAUGAAAAUCAAGAUGAUGGGUAUGAGACGAGCGGCGGCGAUGUGCUCACCCCAAAUUCCCACAGUUCAUCAACACAUUCGGUGACGCCACAACAUCAGAUGCAGCUUGGUAUCAAUAUUAUACCUCAACGGAAGUAUGAAGAGCAACAAAUGAAAAUACAGCAACCUCUUCAAAGCACCACUGCUAGUGAUGUAAAUAACCAACAACAACAAUCGCCGCGGAAUAAUACACAAGGAACACUGCAUGGAGUGGAAAGUACAGUUAAUCAAAGCGACAAAAUAUCAGGUUUAAACGGGAAGGAAAUUUUAUCUGCGGAUUCAUAUUCCUAUAUGGAAGACAUAGCGGGAACAAUUACAGGAGUUUCCAAUACUAGUAACAGCGCAAAUAAAAGGAUUAUUAAUAUGCCGCAGGACGCACAACUUAAUAUUAAGACUGUUAAAAAUAGGGAUGCAACUGUAGAAUCUUAUAUGUGUGCACCCACUAAUAUAAUGAGUCAUAAUGUGAAUGAUAUGUACAGUAUUCAAAAUCAACAACAACACCAAAACCAACCGCAACAGCAGCAGCAGUUGCAUGCAGCCAACAACGAAUUACUCCAAUCAAUGGAUUAUAAUUUAAAAAUGAAACCAACAUCUGGAAAUGGAUUAAGCGAUGCUGAAAUGUUGGAACAGACUGUGAUACAUCAAAACUUGCAUCAGCUGCAACUUCCGCAACAAUCCCACACGCCAAACCAAUUAAUUUUUUCGGAAAACAAUGUGAUCCUCAGGCCACCACAAAAGAAGCGUGGUCGCAAAAAGAAAAUUCAACCAAACACCGACAAUGCACUGCCGUUAUCUUUACAAUUUCUAACUGGCAGCAGCGAAUGCGGUAUAGCACCUGGUCCCAACGGAGAAUUGCCAUCUGUCUGCAUCGCUGACAAUACGCUAAAGAAUUCAAGUGAAAAUCAUGCUACCGGUCUGCUUAAGUCGAAGGAGCGCAAGAAACACGACCGUUUCAAUGGAAUGUCCGAAGAGGAAGUCGUUAAGCGUACACUACCCGACCAUCUAUGUGAAAAUCUUGAUAUAGUCAUAAUUGGAAUUAAUCCAGGCUUAUUUGCUGCAUAUAAAGGGCAUCAUUAUGCUGGACCUGGCAACCAUUUUUGGAAAUGCUUAUACCUAUCCGGUCUUACAAGAGAACAAAUGAGCGCUGAACAGGAUUACAAACUAUUAAAAUACGGUAUUGGAUUCACAAAUAUGGUCCAACGUGCCACUAAGGGCUCUGCCGACCUCACCCGAAAGGAAAUCAAAGAAGGUAGCCGCAUUUUAGUUGAAAAGCUUCAGCAUUUUCGUCCUAAAAUUGCCGUAUUUAAUGGGAAAUUAAUAUUUGAAGUUUUUUCUGGAAAGAAAGACUUUAAUUUUGGUCGCCAGCCAGAGCGCGUGGAGGGUACCGAUACCUAUGUAUGGGUUAUGCCAUCAUCAUCAGCAAGAUGCGCACAGUUGCCGCGAGCAGCAGAUAAGGUGCCCUUCUAUGCUGCGCUUAAAAAGUUUCGGGACUACUUAAAUGGAUUAAUUCCACAUAUGGACGAGUCGGAAUGUAUAUUCACAGAACAAAAAAUUAAGCAGGUUUGUGAGCAAGAUAAUGAGAAGAAUUCUGUUACUAUUACUUCAGCAGUAGAGGUUUUAUGUGGAGCUCAUAGUGGUGCGGGUAUACUUAAUGCAACAGACGGUAUGGGUAUUGCAUACAAAAGUAUGCCAAUACAGCCAAUGAACGACGUUGAAACAGGUGCGUCGUCGCAACAUCCUGGAGCCGGUGCCGGUGAGAUGGGCAACGAUGGCAAUGACAUCAGUGGACUUUGUGUCGAUGCUGCCAAUUGUGGUGGUUGCCCUAACACUAGCGACGGCAGUGGCGCCGUUAUGAAUAAUGGUGCAGGUAUCAGCAGAGAUAGUAAUACUGUGCCGAAUGAGAGUUGUUCUAUCCACCAGGAGCAGGAAAAAUUUCCUAGAUUUCAAGGGAGUUGUACAGAAUCUACCUACGUAUAUACGACAAAUGAGAAUGAACGUGGCCACAAUAUUGCUGCUCAUACCCCUGGCCCUGGGCCACCGCCAUCCCUACCGCCAGGCACUUCAGUUAUAGGUUCCAGUAUGCAGCAACGAAAUGAAAACUACAUGAUAACUGGAAGUUACGUACAACCGCCACCGGAAAAAAAAAAGCGGGGGCGUCCAAAAAAGAUUAAAGACGUGGAUUCGAUUGAUAAGGUUGCUCGUAAUCGCAUGCCAAUUUUGGGACAGAUGUCCAACGCAAACAUAUUGAAUUUGUCAAUGAUGGGUGGUGGCGUACCUGGUCAAUGUAGCAACGAUGCCUUUUUGGGAAGUGCCGGUGUCGGUAUAGUCAACGGUAACUGUGAGACGCCAAAGAAGAAGCGCGGCAGACCAAAGAAAGUGAAACCAACAAAUGAAGCACAGCAAAAUCAAAAUACAUUAAUACAAGGAGAGCCACAUGCAAUGCCAAUUCCGUCACUUAGCGGCAUGGAUAAUAGUUUUUCUAAACGCAUGCAUCAGCACGUAAAUGCAAUUUAUAGCAAUAAGGAAAUGCCAAAGCAGCAACAACAACAGUCGACGCAACAAAUGUACACGUCAAGUUCGCCAAUGAGAUCACCAGCACUGAAUAGCUCAUAUGCUGGUAUAACACCGCCGACAUCAACGCAAUCUACAUCGCCCACACAUCAACAGCAUUGCGAUAAAUUGCAUGAGAAUGUCAGUAACAUCAUCGAAAGUCCCACGAACUUAGCAGCAACUCAAAGGGAUACUAGCGGCAACAACAGCAAUAGCUAUUACAGCAGUAAACAUAUUGCUGCCAUAAACUCGAAUGGCUCGGAACUCCAUGAUGGAUCAAAUGUAUCUACGCCUCACGCAAUAACUUCAAAUGAUCUUGUAAAUGAAAUGCCAGUCAACGCAACUAUACAAGCAUCUAUAACUGCCUCUCACGAAACACAAUUGGGUGAGUCUCCACCUCCAAGCUCACCAAAUAUAUGUACAGUGGACUUUGAACCGCCAGCAGGAGGUGGGGCUCUUUCAAUUGAACACGGCACAGAAAUACGUCAAAGGCGGCCAACUGAAAUGGAAUCACGUAUACAACAACAUCAACAGUUGCAACAGGGCACUCCAUAUGCUAGUCCGGUAAACGAGUCAUUGUCUGAACAUCAAGCGAACGAUCACUAUCAGCAAUGGAUGUCACCGCACUCAGCCAUUUCAUUGUCAGCACAAUAUACUCAUCACCAACCAGAACAAAUACAACAACAAGAACAGAUUUUGAAUUUUGAGCAACAGCAACAGCAGUUGCAUCAUAUGCAGCAACUACAGCAUUCAGUACACCCCCACCGGGAACAAUCAACAACGCCUAUGCAUGCACAAUGGUUGCGACAGCACCGCUACGAUGAUAUCGUUGGUGGUAAUUAUAGCGUCACAUCAGCACAUUUACAUCACCAGCAGCAGCAAAGACAACAUCAUAUGCAGCUCCCUAAUCAGCAACAACAGCAAAAUAGUACUGAGCAUCAGCACAGUCAUAUAUCGCAUCAUCACUCACGUUCACCUAUAGAUGUGACCAGCAAAAGCCUCACUGGCCUGGAGUCACUAGUCGAUCAAAUUCCUUCACUGUCAGAUAAUAACUUAGUACCCAUACCACCAGCGAUAGAAAAUAGCGGAGUAAAUGCAACAGUUGAGAGUAGUUUACAGAGUUUACAGCAACAACAACAGCAUAUGCAUCAGCGACAACCACACUUGAUUGCAAUUGAUACAGCGGUUGACAUACAUACCGAUACUUAUUGCACACCAAACAGCACAAUAAAUGCGAUUCCUGCUGUAUCCGAUACGAUUGAUACAAUAGCGGGUAACAAUAGCAACGGAAGCAACACCCCGCUCCCAGUUAAUGGUUUAUAUAGCGCGAAUUCUCCGCGCAAUUAUAGUAUUCCUCGACUUAACUCCUCAGCUGCUUCAUCACCAAUAAUGAUGUCUCCCCACCAUCAUCAGACACAACAACAGCAAGUUUCGUUACAUCAACCUUACGGAAAUUCAGUAAGCACGCCCCUAAUAUCAGAUGUUUUAUUAUCUUCAACGCCAAUGACAAGCUCAGCUAGCCAUACAAAUAGUCCAGCCGACAAUAGUUUGGUUGAAGACUCUGCAAACGCAUGUACACCAACAAGCGGUGUGACUAUCAAUACUUCAACAGCACCAACCAGCCUGUAUAAUAACGUAACAACCACGAAUAUACACAAUAUGAGUUCUAAUAACUUUUCAGUAAGCAAUUUAGUCGCCUCAUCUGUUACGCCCAGUAAUAGUUGUAGCAGCCACAACAAUUAUGCUUCAUUGUCGACAACAACAUCGGCAGCUGCCGCAAGCAAUGUAUAUCACCAUACAAACUUUAUUGCCGCGGCUGCCUUAGCUGCUGCCGCUGUGAAUUCACCCACCAAUCAUUUACAGACAUCACCCAGCACCGCCGCUGCAGUGGCGGCUCAUCACGCAGCGCACCACCAUGUUGCGCAUCAACAAAUGUAUUCACAUGCACAUUUGCCCCCGCAUAUGGCAGGUGUUAAUUCAAUGUAUGCUCCAGCACCGACACAUCAUCAUCACCACUUGACACAUCACCCGGCACACCAUCAUCAUCACCAUUCACCAUACGGUGCAACAGCGCAACACAGUACUAAUAACGAUUACGGCAAUCCUUACUGUACGACCGUUACCGGUGCCCCACAAAAUGCUCCUAUCCAUUUACCCAGUCCCAAUUAUCCCUACGGUUAUGGAAGUCAAGUAGCUGUUGCUGCAGUAGCUGCAGCCCAAAGUAAUUAUCCAACAGCAAUACAUUCUCAUCAUACACAGUCCCCGGAAGCGAGCGCACCACCACCACCCGGUGCGGUAACCGCCGCUGCGGCAGCUGCUGCUGCAGCCGCUGCUGCUGCUGCCGUUUAUCAUACUCAUCACCCCGGUCAUCAUCCUCAUGCAACACAUCCGUUAUCGAUGUUUGAUCGACUGAAACCCUCCGAUAUAAAUGGUUAUGGCGGGUUCUGAUGAUGAACAAAAAAUACAAAUUACGUGUAUGCAUAUGAUUGAGAAAAGUUGAGCCAUGGCGAAAGCAAAUGAAAAGCAUAGUUUAACUGUCAGCUUAAAGCAUAAUUGUAACACUUGGGAAAUAUCCAUUUUAUAAGCAAAUUUACAUACGUAUACAUCACAUCUGUAUACAUAUACAUAUACUUAAAUGUUAUUUAAGCAAUUUAAGACAAGCAAAGACUAAGAUUCGAAAGUCGUUUCCAACUGGCCGAUCUUUUAUGACACCGUCUGCCUGUCUUCUUGUACGAAUAAUAAGGCAAAUAUUUAGUGUGUUAGGGGACUUAGGGAAGCCAGGAUAAAUAUGCUCUUUAUCAUAGACCAAAAUGUGUAUCAUAUAUUCAAAUGAAGUAAUGUGUUACGUAUCUAUCUAUCUACAUUGCCUCAUUUACACAAGCACUUUCAUCACUUCAGGGGAAUUCAUACACUCAAUUGAAUGUGACUUUAUUUAUACAUAAGUAAAUAUUAAUUUAUUUUUCAUAACGAAAUAAACAAAACAUCCACUAACAUUCUCCUCAUUGUCCAGCUUUUGCAAGACUGAGGUUGAGACAUCUCGGCAGUCAUAACUUUGGUGAACAAGUAGACAUAGCCUAAACUGGGGUCGAAUCGGUACAUCGUAAAAGCCUGUAUUUCGUAUUAUGACAUACGUGAUCGUAACGCUUAUAUCGUAAUCUGAUAAGAUACGUGAACGAGUAUUAAACGUAUCUGUUCGUUCGAACGCAAACUACCAAUCGUAAUAGACAAAUUUAAGGAAAUUUAAGCAAAACUUUUUUAAAUUAUAAGUUUUCUAUAAUUUUUAGGAAUAAAGAACAUAAACAAGAAACCAAUAAAUGGAAUAUCUCAUUAAAAAUUAAAAAAAAAAAUAUUAUUUAUAUGAAAAAAAUUUUUGUAUUUUACUUGACAAGAAAAAUAAAGUUGUUUACAAGGUAAAGGACAUAUACAUUUUUGAAUUAAAUUCAUUUAUUUGGUCUCUUAACGUUUGGUCGAUUGCGGUAAAGCGGUUCGCUACCCCGUUGUCCACUUCUUGUGUGUGACAAGAAUCGCAAUUUUAGGGUCGUAACUUAUUGUAAAUUUUAUGCAGAUAUAUGUAAUGCCUCACAAACGUUAGCAAAUCUUCCACUUUUAUGCGGUGAUACCUUCCUCUCUUGCCAUUUCUUAAACUACUCCACCGUCUUUUUAAGAUUCCAAUGCUUUGUUCAACGAUACAUCUACAGCUAUCUCCGCUCUAUUUUUUUAUGCCCAUCACUUUCACUAGAGCUCAAAGAAAAAAACAAAGUUGGAUUCAUUUUGAUUUUUAAUUAGCUUUUGUUAGUUUAUUGAAAAUUUCGCAACACUUUUGACAGUUCUAUUGUGACCUAAAAAUACGAUCCAAAGCAAUGUGUACGAUCCAAAGCAAUGUGAAAUUUAAAAACUAUUGUGAAUUGAAAAUACAUUACGAUCCAUUUGCUAUUGUAUGUCAUAAUGCCAAUCACCGCAUCCGUUUGACGUAUCACGUAAUUUUCUUUCGUACGUUUGCCGAUCCGCGCACGGAUGUAAUGACUUGACCCCUGAUUUUAGUCGUCUCAACAAAUUUGUUGUUGGCUCAAAGCGCUUAGUCGAUUUUUAAGAAUCUUAUAAUCAAGCGUUCUAAGCUGUUCAAGUGAGAUCCCUCCUAGGAUACAUAAAUAUAAUCUUCGGAAAUUUGAAAUCUUUUGAGUUAAUAAAAAAGUUUUGGAUUGCUGUCGUCUCAGUUGAUUUGUCUCACCAUAACCCUAACGCAUAGCAUGAUGCAAUAAUCUAAAUAAUAUCUGUCUCCGAUUCACUGAUCGCUUCUUUUAUCCUGUCAAAAUAUUUCAUGUAAGAACAACAACAAAGAUAUCGAGUUGAAUUCGUACAAGAGAGUACUAAAGUGGAUAGCAUCUACCUUCAGUGCUACAGAGGUUUAUAGCGGGAUUCUGUAACCAGUCUCUAGUCUCUAUUUGAGACAUUUUGAGGUAAAGUCUCAAUUUGUGACUAGUUACUAUGCAGUCUCUAGCGUUAGUCUCAAAAUAUUGCCUCAAAUUUGAGACCUGGUAGUUAGCUGGUCACAAAACUAAAAAGAACUCUUGUCUGCCAUUUUGAGUAUACUGAAUAGAAAUCAUCAUAGAUAUUAAUCGAUUUUUUAUAUUUUGUAAGCUUCUCAAACACGAAAAGGUUAAAAAUAAAUUAAUUUUAGAUAAAUUUCGUAAAUAUUAUGAAACAAAUUCAACAUAUAUUUUUAUUUUUAUUGAUAAUUAUGUUUUUUGACUAAGUUAUAGAAAAUUUAAUAUUUGUUAUCGACAUAUUUAUUUUCAUUCAAGUGUAAAAACAUUUCUGAGUAAUGAAAUGUAAUAGAUUUUGUGAUUGUCUCUUACAGAAUAGCAAAAUCGUCUCAAGUCUCAAAAAUUGUCUCUAACAUAAACUCUCAAAUUUAGAGACUUGAGACUGUAUCACAGUACAGAAUCGCACGGUUAAUUUGCAUAUUUUAGAUCAAGUUUACUAUUGUGAAUGGUUCAAAUGUCAAAUAAAAAUACAAAUUUUUAAAACUAAAGAACUAAUUGCAUGUAGUAGUUUAUAGAAAACGAAAAUAAAAUGUUACGACAACGUUUUUUUUUUAACGUGAAUAAGUAUUUGUCCACUAAGAAAGAAACAUAACACUUACGCAUGUGUCACAAGGCAUGUUAGCGCAGCGUGCACUUCAAUUACUAUCAUUUGUUUGAGCAUCUGGUAUAGUUUGUUCGAUUAGCUGGAAAGUAACGCUUGUCGGAUCGAAGACAGCUAAUGUAAUUGACAAUUAUUCGACUAAAGUAAAGUUUUUAGUACUUAAUAAAUCUAAUUUCAGCCGAAAGCCUAUGAUGCUAGCGCUGCGUACUUUAGUUUGUAUAAUAAUUUGUUUAUUAUGUAAGCUUUAAUAAAAUAAAAAAAAUCUAAUGGGUAUGGAUAGAAAAUUGAAAAUGCAACGACCAUGGUGGUCAAUCUCGUAAUAAGUAAUUCUGAAAUGUCCAAUAUAAAAAUUUUUUGUGAUAGGAUUUUUUAAACCAAUUUAACAAAAAUGAAAAGUUAAACUUAUUAUCCGAUAUUAAACAUAUUAAAACAAUUAUUUAGGAUACAUGGUCCACUAUGUCUAUAAACAAAAUUCAAUUUAUGUGUAUUUAAAAUUUUUUCACUAGCUGCGAGUUUAUCUAGUGUUGCUCGAUCAGCUAUAUGUAAUUAGAUCCGUUCUCUUAUAAUCAUAUCUCCAAAAAAUUCGCAAGCCCUUAGCCACAAUCACAUAUUUAAUAUUUAUAUGAACAGAAGGCUUAAACAAAUAUUUGUUUGUUAUAAAAUGUAUCGAUAUACUUUUAUAUACAUAUGUAUUUAAUUUAACUACUAAUGAAAAUUGUGUGGUAAUUUAGAUUCGGUGAAAAUUUUCAAGUAAACUUAAUAACGAGUGAAAAUUUUACUAAGUACAUAAUCAAUUUAAAACAACAAAACAAAAGAUAAUAAAAUAAAAAAUAAAACACUUUUAAACUAUUCUUAAGAUAUUAAACAAGUAAAUAUAUUUUUGUGUAUAUAAAUAUUUGAUACAUAAAUGGCUUUAAAAGCUAUUAUGUGGAAAACAAUAAUUUUAAAAAGUUCAACAAAGAAAGCGUGAAAAUAAAAUUAACUGUGUGAUUACUAACUUUUUAUUUUCCUAAGAAAACUGUUUAAUCUAAAUACAAAGGAAACUACUGACAUUUAUUUAAGAAUUUAUUAUAUAACUAAAGCAUAGAAAAAUAAUAUAUAUAAAGAAGAAAAAUAAUAAUAAUAACGAAAUAAAUAGUUAAAAUGAACGAAUCAACAACAUAUUAAAAAUUGUACUGCGUAAACUAGUGACGUUUCCACGUGACUUGUAAAUUUCAAGAAUUAUUUAGUUCAGUAUUUAUAAAUCAUACAGAAAGUCAGCAACAACAAACUGAAUAUGGAACAAAGGUUCCAUUAAAAUGAAAGUAAAAAAAUUCGGUUACGGAUAUAACCUUAUUUAGGGGUGGUAUAUAUGUACGUAUGAAGUAAAAACUUCAGUCACACAAAGUAUUAUAAAAGUAAUGAAAUUUGUCGGCUGCUGUUUUUACGAAGUAAUUGAAUUAAAAAAUUGGAUAGGCGAAACAAUGCCAGUAACUACUUGCACAUAGCACUUGCAAAUUCAAAGUGUAAGUUGUGCAGAAAGAGAUGAUCAUAAGUAAGAACAUGCUUUGCAAGGGUACCAUUUUUCAGAAAUUCCUGUAUAAUUUUUCAACUCUAAAAGGCAAAUAAAACUAUUUUUUAUGCUUACAUUUCUACCGAAGUACAUAUAGUAGAUCAAUCGUAAUAAACAUUAAACAUAUUUCGUUGU